AUGCGUCCAGAAACCACAGACAGACUAAACAGCGUCAAACUAGAACGAAGCCAACAAGUCCAAGUAGUUUCUCAUAAAUUUGAACCAGAUCUUGAAUAUUCUCAAGCUACGGGCAUGCAGGAGCAAAUGGAAAGUGAACCAUUUUCAAUGUUUUUUGCCAAAUUAAUGAAGACUUUGGCUUCUAAAAGCUUAAGAGAUCUAAAGGGGCUCAUAAGCCCAUUCGAACGCUCCGUCACUACACUAUUGGACAGUGGGAAGUUGAUGAAGUUGGGAAUGACGACCGGCUCUUUAAUUGCUCAGAUGACAACGUUGCUCAUCGCUCCGAUGAAGGAGAUUCAAAGGCAAAUCUUCAUAAUGCAGGUCUCGCUGGAGAACCGACAUCGCAUGCUGGACGAUGGUUUCAACGCCAUGUUGGAUGAGCUGGAUAACGUGUAUGAUGUUAGUGAGGAGGAAGCUAUGCAGAAGGUUCUGCGUGAGGCCAUGAUGUACCCUAAUACUAGCAAGACAGGGGAGCAAAUCGUACAAGAAUUGAUAGAAGAUGUAUUCUUGCAUCCAAUGAACAGAAUAGCAGGAACGGCGCAUGGAAACGUAGUUUUUGAAAACAUUGCUAAAGUUGCUAAUAAAUUUAACACACCACAGAACCUAGAACCUAUGGCUAGGCGACAUGAAAACCAAUACCAAAUUACUAAAUAUAAUAAAUUUCGAAACUCACACUCAAAUUCUAAGAAAUAUCAAGUUAGAAGACAAAAUAAAAACAUCGAGAAAGAAGAUAGUAAUAUAGAAUCUCAUGUGGAUGACGAAGAAGACGAAGAUGAAAGCUCUAGAUGA